UAUCAGUUAUUACCUGAUCCCUGUUUCUCUCUCUUUCCAUGACUACAUCUUCCAAAUUAAGUCAGUAAAGUUUUAAACACUACUGUCAACUGACAGGAUUGGAAAAACUAGUGAGAUGUAUAAAUAAUAAACUUCUUCAUACAGUUUUAUAAAUUGUUAGUUAAAGUAGUAAAAUUGCAGAACACUACAAGUAACGAGCUUUACAGUUGUGUUUAUAGAAACAACAGUUGCAGUGUGAGUAUCGAAGUGGUCGACGAUAAUAUCCUAGCAAAAUGGUUAUCAACUUUGGGGCUGGUCCAUCAAAACUUCCAGAAGAGGUUUUAUCGGGAGUACAAAAGGACCUACUCAACUACAAUGGAAUUGGAAUCAGUGUGAUGGAGAUGAGCCACAGGAGUAAAGAUUACGCGGUCAUCAAUGACACAGCCCAGCAAAACGUCCGUGAAUUAUUAAAUGUACCACAGGAAUAUGCAGUAUUGUUUAUGCAGGGAGGAGCUACAGGAAUCUUUGCAUCCGUUCCAAUGAACCUUAUGCCAAGGACAGGAACAGCCGAUUACUUUGUUACAGGAAUAUGGUCGGCUAAAGCCGCAAAAGAAGCCAGCAAAUAUGGCAAAGUGAACAUGGUUCUUCCAAAAACAGACAAAUAUGAAGGUGUUCCAGACAAAUCAGCAUGGAAAUUGGAUCCAAACGCAUCUUAUGUCUAUUAUUGUGAUAACGAAACCGUGAAUGGUAUUGAAUUCCCAUUUAUACCAGAAACAAAUGGGGUUCCAUUAGUAGCCGAUAUGUCAUCAAACAUUCUAACCAGGAAUUUCGACAUUAGAAAGUUUGCCAUCAUAUUUGCUGGUGCACAGAAGAACAUUGGCCCACCAGGAGUGACUCUGGUGAUAGCUCGUAGAGACCUUUUAGGGAAGGCCAUGCCUAUCUGUCCUCUCAUACUCGAUCUCGCUGUUAUGGACAAAGAUAAUUCUCUACACAACACUUGCCCAACCUUCUCGAUAUUUGUUAUGGGCCGAGUGUUUGAGUGGAUAAAAUCAAACGGAGGUGUGAACGGUAUGGAAGAUCUAUCGAGGAUGAAAAGCUCUCUACUGUAUGAAGCCAUCAACCAAUCAAAUGGCUUCUACUCGUGCACAGUGAAAGAGGGCUUUCGUUCCCGCACCAACAUCCCUUUCCGAAUCGCCAACGGCAACGUUGACCUUGAAAAGAAAUUUGUUGAAGAGUCCAAGGCUCAGGGUAUGAUUCAACUCGCUGGUCACAGGUUGGUGGGUGGACUAAGAGCUUCCUUCUACAAUGCACACACAAUUUCUGAAGCCAAGGCACUCAUCAGUUUCAUGAAAGAAUUCCAGAAAAAAUACAUCAGUACUGUAUAGAGUUUUCAUUAUCAGUUGAUGAAAACCAACUUAUCAACAAAAUUAUUUACUAGUAUUAUUUAUAUACUAAUUCUCAAAUCUUUAUCGCUGUUCAUUUUUUAUAGUAUGGUAGGAAAUGUUUUUCAUUGCGUGAUUCUACCCAGAAAUUACGAAUGAUUUUAUAAAUAAAUAUAUUAAAGAAGAAA